UAACAUCAUUGUUUAAUCACACAAACCUUGGAUCAAUAUAAUCCACUGGAAACGACACUUAAACUUACUACAGGCUAUGAUAUCUGGGGGAAUUCCAAAGCUCACGUGGCAUCACCUCCUGCAUCGGCGCAUUAUCUCCCGCUGAUUGUUUUUUUCCUUCUUCCUUUCAUUGCUCCUGUCGUGCUCUUCACUAUCUAGAGAAAUCUUCUCUCAAGGAAACCAAUCCAAUCAAAUCAAUGGCUUCACCAACGGCUAAGAUCGCAUUCCGCAUAGUAAUAGGGGUUCUCCUCCUGCUGGCUCUCUUCUACGUCGGCCGUCCUCUUUACUGGAAAAUCUCCGCCACCGUCCACGACAUCCGCCACAACAAGCAAACCGUUCAACAAGGUAUCUCACAGAUUAUGCAUGAGGCCCAGAAAUCCGUGGGGUGGUUUCAUGAUGAAUCCGACUCGGGGUUCCGUGAAGAUCGCAAACAGGCUUCAAGGAGAUUGCUUUUCAAGGUCUUGUGAUGGGAUUUUUUCUCGUUUGAUUCCUCAAUUUUAUACAGUUAUUGUUAACUUGUUAUGUUAGUCAAUGGCGUAGAUCUGAGUUGCUCUUUGGGUGAUUAAUAAUUUUAGUUUGGUUUAUUUCAAGUAAAGUUACGAGAACGCUUUGUUGCUGUUUUAAAUUGAAGGGUUUGGUUUUGUCUGUGUUUAGAGCAAGUGUAAGAGUUCUUCAUUUUGUGAUUAAGUAGAGUUGUACUGUUUUUGAUGCAUACAAAUGUAAUGAGUUUCAAUGAUGCUGUAACCAGAAUUGUAAAUGAGAUGAUUACUCUAAGACUUUUGCUUCUGUCAA